AUGCUACGAGGAGACAAAGAACGAAGGGCCCGGCCGCUGCUGGAGCUCACGCUGCGAGCAGUGUGGGUUGAUGUGGUAAUGUGGUUCUGCCUACAGGGCCUUCAACAUGAUAUUUCUGCACAGGGCCGGUACGUAGCACGGGGUGGCCUCAGUGGGGUCGUACUUGCACGGGACAAAGACUUCGUGGAGUAUGACGCCGCAGGCAAGCCCACCAUUGCCAUGUGCUUCAACUGUGCCGAUUUGGGAGGACGCCUGCGACCAGACUUGGCCGCCUUGGGAGUGCAGGGGGCAAAGACAAUGUUAUCCCGCUACCGAGCAGGCACUGGGUGCCUGGAAGAUCCAUCCUUCAAGAAGGAUUUUUUGGCUGCUGCUCGGUUCCAGGACAGGUCUGAUGGUCCACUUCGUGCGCCUUUCAUGCCGGGGAGUGCAGUCAAGAACGUGACCUCCUACGGCAUAAGGGUGUCGCAUGUGUAUGCAUGCCUCACCGAAGCAGAGUAUGCGGCACUCCUGGGCGCCCCUCCCUCCGCUAUCAAACUGGCCCCAACAUCGCUCCCGGUUCUUGGGCCAGGGCAGUCGCGAAACUACUAUGUUCUCGACAUGGAAGGGCUACCUGAGGCUUUGAAGAGUACUUGCAAGAAGCUUGAAAUCUUCUACAAUGCCGAGUCGGAGUUUGACCAGAUCUACUUGGACGGGACAACACAAAUCCACCAAGAUCAGGGCGAGCACGUGUUCAAUUACAUCGCCAAAACUGCCUUCCAAAACAGACCCGAAAAGUCGAGACCAGCUUCCAUGCCGAUGACUUUGGAAGAAGCCUUUUUAAAGCAUCAAGAAGCAGCUGCAGCUCAGGCUGCUGCUGGGGAAGCUCCAGGUUCAGCGGCAGUUGUGGAUGCCGACGACGAUGACGAGGUGGCUCCUCGAGAGAACCGGUCCUUUGGGAUUGUCGCGGCUGCCGCGCCGAAGCCUGGUGCCAAAGCAGGAGCUAAGCGGAAGGCGGCGGCUGCAGCUGUGGCUGCAGACGCAGCUGCUCGUCCCAGACGGGUCUCCGGCUCAGGGGCUGAGCCAAGCCAGGCUUCGAACGUGGGCAGCCAGCCCGGCGGGAACGUGACUUCGGUGGACGAGGAGAUGCCCGUCAGCGAGAGCAGUGUGCCAGGUGGCAAGGCUGGGCAGCUGGCGAGGCUGGACCCGGAUAUGCGGCUCGUGGCCGAGAAGCAUUGGUUGAACCACCCAAGCGCCGCCGUGAAGUCGUUGGAGUCACUCUCAGCCAUCAAAUACUUGUUGGACCCGACAAAGCCCUUGACCCUGGCUUUGAACGGCGUCAGCCCUAGCCGGCCCUACCCGCUAGGUAACAUCACACCUAGAAGCGAUGCAAGACUCCAAGACAGUGCUCAUAUGGGCUGUAGUGCGAAACGCCUCCUGGAGACAUUGCAGAAGGACAAACAGUUGUUGGCUGUCAACCUUCUGCAAAACCGGGUGGAUAUUUGCGAGCAGGCGAUGAACUUUGCCAAUGCCAACCUCUUGAACACGAGCGUGCAGACUUUGAACCAAUUGCUGAAUCAGAUCAAGUCCUUGUGGAACAAGAUUCCCGUCCCGAAACAAGUGACAAUUGCUCAGCGCUUUGCAAUUGAAGCUUUGGGGACAGCCAUCGAGUUGUACCAAAAGGGGAGCGCUGAGUGGCAGAGCCACAGAGAUUUGUUCUUGGAGUACUUUCGAUGGCCGGUGCACACUGAGUGCCCCACUGAGGCGCCGGAGUUCAAUGCCAAGGAGGCCAAGUUUGCUGGCAUUCUGGACCAGCUCUUGUGCAUGGCAGGAGACCGUGAGGACGAGGAUCUGCUGGCCGGGUUCAAUGAUGAGGGCGACGAGGUCGAGAAUGCAAAGGCCAACGCGAAGGCGGCCAAGGAUGCAGGGGGCGGUGCAGAUGGUUCGGUGGCAGACUUGCAAGAGGGUGCACAGGCUGGCGCGCUGAGAGAAUUUCCGGCGCCCGUUGCAGCCGCCAUCGAGAAGGCUAUGUUGGAGAUCUUCUUGAGUGAAUCCUGGCUUCGUUUGUUGGAGGCAGCCCAGGAAAACAAAGCCUUCAUCGUCAGCAUCGCUGCAGGCUUUUUGGACCUUCAAGAACAGCAGAAGGCCUUGUCGGACUUCUUGGCACAGACCCCCCUCUCCAACAUCCCAGCCGUGUGUGAACAGAUCAGCAGAUUCUGCAAGGCGUGCCUACUUGCCUUUGGUGAAAACCCGACAGAGGGCAAGAUUUCCUGCUCAGUCAAAGACCUCUUCUGGUUCAGCGAAUACACAGGCCCAAACCUGUACGAGCGUUCCAUGCGGAACAUCAUGAGCAAGAAUGAAUGGUGGGCCAAGCAGCUCACGGAUGUGGCCAGAACUGCCAGUUCUAAACCACUUCUCGAGCCUGCACGUCUUCAGCUGGAGGAUUUGCUGGAGAAGGAUGCUAAUCCAGCUUCUACUAAGGACUUGCAAGCCAUGGCCGAGCUGUUCACACAGGUGACCCCAGCUUUGCGUGAUGCGGAGGUGGAGAAACUCAGUGCUUCCAUUGUUGAGCGCACAAAGGCUGCAGCCGUGGCUCUCCGAGAAGUGACUGACUUGUCCAGCAUCGAGAAAAUCAGGGUGGAUGUGAUUCUGAAGCUGUUGACACUGUUUGGUCACGUGCCGGGUGUAGCAUCAGUUCAGGAGGAGUUUGUCAAGUGGGCCACGGCCUCUCAGACCACGCUUCAGCGCAACGGGUUCCUGGCAGCCUUGUGGGCUGCCACUGCCACGGAAACCGAUUUCGUGCCAGUGAAGACUGCCCUUGAGAAUCAGCCUGGACCGAUGCUUGCGCCGAUUCGGAAGUCGCCCGACCUUCUAGGUGCCACAAUCCACUUCCUGCGCAGGGGGUGCCAGAGCAUCAUUCACAAGGCUUUGUUGGGCACCCAGACCUCCACAGAGUCCAAGCAUAAAGCCUACACCAUGAUUCUGUUGUUCAAGACGGUCUUUAGCGACGCAGAUGUGAAGCUGCUGAAGUCCUUGGCGACGACGCAGUGCUCCGGACUAGCAAUUUGCUCAGCAGCGCAUGCCGCUCUGCAGAAGCUGAUCCAGUCAGGCGAUGACGCAGAGAAGCGGCUGGCUCAAGACCCAGACUUGAUCCUCGUGACCAACGUGCAGCAGCAGCGGCUGAAGCAGAAGGGUUACGUGCAAGACCUCCAGAAGGUGCAGGCCCAGAUAAGGUCAGCUGAAGCUGAUGUGGCCACUCUCCUUGGCAACAACGACUCCUUCAUUCAUUCGCUCGGGUGUUUCGCGGAGUAUGACAUGAGCGCCGCCUUUCAGGAGCACAGCUCAGAGGCCAUCAACUUCGAGACGAUCUUCCAAGAUUGCUUGGAGCUUCGUGGUGCACAUUUGGCAAAGAAGCUUCAGGACAGCGGCGACGAGGUGGUAGCAUCGUGCCAGGGGUGGCAGCAAGGCGGAUUGCAUUUCUGGCGUCAGGCGGCCACUCCCGAAGCAUCCGUCUCGGAGCUUCAAGACCUGAUGAAGAAGUCGAUCCUCGCCUUGUCCCCGAAGGACAUCAAAAGGACGACUGACAACUUCAUUCAGGUCAUGACAGAUGCCCGUGCAUUCCUGGACAAGUUCGAGCUGAAGCAGACGAAGCUUCACGAUGUCUUGGAGGAUGUCAUCGAAGGCCCACGUGAGGUCAAGGUUCUGUAUAUGGAGAGCCUUCUUCUUCGCCAGUUUUAUAAGUUGGCUGAAGAGCCAGCAAACCCCGAACACGUGAAAGACAUGAAGGCACUGGUCACGAAGCACGGCAUUUUCUGCACAUCCAAUGUUCUCAAGAUUUCGUCUGCGGACUUGCAUCCUGGGCUGUGGACUGCGGCUCAGGCAGCUUGCAACUAG